UCCCUCUCGGCACAGCUCGGCUCCCCCGCCCACCUUAGCUCCCCGCACCCAUCUGGGUUGUAGUCAGUCGUCCGGCGAACUCGUAAGUCAUUCGCAGCCGCCACCUUGCUGCGAAGGUCCUCGACCUCUAGUUCUCGGGCGCGUGAGUGGGAGUGCCGCCGCCCGUGUCUGAAUCUCUCUCCCUGUGUACGUGCUCAUUUGGGCAGGUGGGUUCGGCGACUGCUCUGAGGCUGUUCACUGAAAUCUGGCAGGGGAAAAAAAUGACAACUGAGCAAAAUGAAGAUAAGCAAGCUUCUAGCCCCUCGGCCGUUGGCUUGAAAGAAAUGGUGGAAGAAAAGUAUCGGAAGAUAAAAGAGAAUGCAGAAACAUACCCUUACGUCUGGGCUUCAUAUAUUCUAGUUUAUGGAGGAUUCACUCUUUGGACAACUUAUAGGUGGAGAAAGCUUCGGAGAACUGAGGACAGAGUUCGAGUCCUUCAAGAAAGACUUCGCAAGCUCGUCAAAGCUGAAGAAUCAGCCAGCCCCGUUUCAUCGGUGCAAAAAGGUCAGCAAUCUUCUGUUGCAUCAGUCGAGAAGGGCUCUUCAUUGGGUGGAACAUCACCUUCAGCUACUAAACAAGGUCCUCAGUAGAUCUGCUUUCAGCGAAAAGUUGAAUGAAAUGCUCUCGAGUUAGGAUCGACUAAUGAGAGCUCCAUUUUUGGGAGAGGGAAAUUGCUCAUUAAUCCUCAGGUUGUCUUGGGAAUGUUUUCUCGUCUUUGCCUAAAAACAACAUUUGAUUACUUGGCAAUGAUGUUUUCUGUAACAGGACGUGAGAGCUGAUUGUGUUCUUGAAAAGCCUGCGGCUAGAGAAAGGAAAAUAUUUUAGCGGUGAAUUGGAGCUUAGAUUGGUGUAAUUGUUUCUUGGAGGUUAUUAUAAUUUUCCAAACA